AUGACAGGCAUCAACUAUCGCAAAGUUACGGUGAUGAUUCGGGAAACAACUGCGAUCACAACGAAGUUGGAUGUUAAAACAGUGGACGAAUCCAAGUCAUGGAAGGACGAGAUCGCGCGGUACUUAAGAGAGGGAUCCUUGCCAGAUGAUCCCAUUCAGGCUAAAAGAAUAAAGUUCAAAGCAGUGUAUUUUACAUUGGUUUCAGAUCAAUUGUACAAAAGAACUGUUGAUGGACCAUUAUUGAAAUGCCUUGACGACGAGAAAUCUAAGAAUGUGAUGAAGGAGAUCCACGAAGGAAGUUGCGAAAAUCACUCUGGUGCGAGGUUACUGGCACAGAAGGUAAUUAGGCAAGGAUAUGUUUGCUCAAAAAUGACAAGAGAUACAAGGGAAUAUGUGAGGAAAUGUGAUAACUGCCAAAGGUACCCAUCUCUGAUACACUAA